AUGUACACACACACACACACACACACACACACACACGCUCAUUGGCAGACAGGGCCACACCUCGCGGCUCUAGGGAAGGCCACAGACCUCAGCUGUACGAGCGGAACCUGGACUAGAGGAACUUUCCGCAGGACUCAGGGCACACAGCCCCUCGGCCACUACUGUCUGCGAGCCCGAGGCGCAGGGGAGCGCCAGCGGCUGCAGGUACGCUGCGCACCCGCAUUAGGGCCUGGGCGGUGCAGCGGCGGCGGGAGGGUCCUGGGAACCGCAGCCGCCGAGGCCAGUGUGUGAGCCGGCCGGCCGCGGCAAGCCGCAUCCCCCGGCCGCCCCUCGCAGCCCCUUGCUCCCCGGCAGCCGCCGCCGCCCUCAGGCAGCCCAGCCGGGCGCUCGCGGCAGGACCUCCCCGCCGCCCGCCUCGGCCCGGAACAUGGCUGCGCGCCCUGCCGCCACCCUCGCCUGGUCGCUACUGCUCCUCUCCUCAGCCCUGCUCCGCGAAGGCUGCCGAGCGCGCUUCGUCGCCGAGCGGGACUCGGAGGACGACGGAGAGGAGCCGGUGGUUUUCCCGGAGUCGCCCCUGCAGAGCCCCACGGUGCUCGUGGCGGUCCUCGCCCGCAACGCGGCGCACACGCUGCCGCACUUCCUCGGCUGCCUGGAGCGGCUGGACUACCCCAAGAGCAGGAUGGCCAUCUGGGCAGCCACUGAUCACAAUGUGGAUAAUACAACAGAAAUAUUCAGGGAGUGGUUGAAAAAUGUACAGAGACUCUAUCACUAUGUGGAGUGGAGGCCUAUGGAUGAACCAGAGUCUUACCCUGAUGAAAUUGGACCAAAGCACUGGCCAACCUCCCGGUUUGCCCAUGUGAUGAAACUACGACAGGCAGCCCUUCGAACUGCGAGGGAAAAAUGGUCAGACUACAUUCUGUUCAUAGAUGUUGACAAUUUCCUGACUAAUCCACAGACCCUCAAUCUACUGAUUGCAGAAAACAAAACUAUUGCGGCCCCCAUGCUGGAGUCUCGGGGCCUGUAUUCUAAUUUCUGGUGCGGAAUCACCCCUAAGGGCUUCUAUAAGAGGACCCCAGACUAUGUUCAGAUUCGAGAAUGGAAGAGGACAGGCUGCUUCCCCGUCCCCAUGGUCCACUCCACCUUCCUAAUUGACCUCAGGAAGGAGGCCUCGGACAAGCUGACUUUCUACCCCCCACACCAGGACUACACCUGGACCUUUGAUGACAUCAUUGUCUUUGCCUUCUCCAGCAGGCAAGCAGGCAUCCAGAUGUACCUCUGCAACAGAGAGCACUAUGGCUACCUGCCCAUCCCCCUGAAGCCCCAUCAGACACUGCAGGAAGACAUCGAGAACCUCAUCCAUGUGCAGAUUGAAGCAAUGAUUGACCGUCCUCCAAUGGAACCCUCCCAGUAUGUUUCAGUUGUCCCUAAAUAUCCAGACAAGAUGGGAUUUGAUGAGAUUUUCAUGAUAAACCUCAAACGCAGAAAGGACAGGCGGGACCGGAUGCUGCGCACACUGUAUGAACAGGAGAUUGAGGUCAAGAUUGUCGAGGCUGUGGAUGGAAAGGCACUCAACACAAGCCAGCUGAAGGCACUGAAUAUUGAAAUGCUGCCUGGCUAUCGAGAUCCCUAUUCCUCCAGGCCUCUAACAAGGGGUGAAAUUGGCUGCUUUCUCAGCCACUACUCAGUCUGGAAAGAGGUAAUUGAUCGAGAGCUAGAGAAGACUCUUGUAAUUGAAGACGAUGUGCGUUUUGAGCAUCAGUUUAAGAAGAAGCUGAUGAAGCUGAUGGAUAACAUUGACCAGGCUCAGCUGGACUGGGAACUGAUUUAUAUUGGUAGGAAGAGGAUGCAAGUAAAGGAGCCAGAGAAAGCAGUGCCCAAUGUGGCAAACCUGGUCGAAGCCGACUAUUCCUACUGGACCCUGGGCUACGUCAUCUCUCUGGAAGGAGCACAGAAGCUGGUUGGAGCCAAUCCUUUUGGGAAGAUGCUGCCAGUGGAUGAGUUUCUGCCAAUCAUGUACAACAAGCAUCCUGUAGCUGAGUACAAGGAGUAUUAUGAAUCCAGGGACCUGAAAGCCUUCUCUGCAGAACCCUUGCUCAUCUACCCUACGCACUACACAGGCCAGCCGGGGUACCUGAGUGACACGGAGACCUCCACCAUCUGGGACAAUGAGACAGUGGCCACCGACUGGGAUAGGACACAUGCCUGGAAGUCCCGGAAGCAAAGUCGCAUCUACAGCAAUGCCAAGAACACAGAGGCCCUGCCACCACCAACCUCCCUGGACACUGUGCCUUCAAGGGAUGAGCUAUGAAGGCUCCCUGGGAGUGUGGCCCACAUCAGUUCAACAUCCUCUGGUUUUUCUAAAGGGCUAUUCGUCUGUUUGCUCCAGUUUUCUGUUUUGUUUUGUUUUUAGUGGUCACAGUCAUCUAACCAAAGUGAUCUAGUGUGAUAGAUCGAAAUUAACAUAUUUUUGACCAUGGAAGGAAAUAAGGAAAUUCAACCCAAAUUUCCCAAGAUGGCUGAAAGACAGCUUUUCUGGAAACUGUUAAGAUAAACUGUAAUCCAGACACCUAAUUCUUCAGUUCACUACCCAUGUGAUACUGAUUCCCACAUUAAGGUUGAACAACAUGGCUCAGAGUCUUGUUCAAGAGAAAGUGAUCACCGAGCUGUCCCAUCAGCAAAUACGUAGUCAAGGCAGCCAGGCCAACUAGACCACACUUAUUGGUCUAGUUUGUCCGUUUUAUAUGACAUUGAAAACUUGCAUAUGCAAUGUUUGGGGGACAGGAAUCAAUCACUUAAAAUCAUACUUAUUUGGCUUUUUAUUUAAAGGAUUCUGUCACAAGUCUUAUUGAAAAGUAGAUUUAAAAAAAAAAAUCUUAGUCCCUGUUAUCCAGUAAGGGUGGGUAUUUGGGUCCGACUGAGACUUGGCCUGUGACCAGCAUGGCAGUUGAAGCUCUUAUAUAGAGGUGACCAGUUUGCCAUGUGGAUAUAAUUUAGUAGAUAUUUGAGAGUUUGUGUAGGUAUUUGAGGGAAAAAACUCAAUGUUUGGCUUUUUUAUUAUGGCCACUCGAGUCAGGAUGCUCUAUUUAUAAAGAUAAAUGUAAUAUAUAAAGGGUGAGGACUGGCUGUGCAUCCUGCCCUGUCCCGGGUUUGUGCGCUGCUACAGAGCUUCACGCUCUCCGCUCCACCCCUUAGCCUGGGAACCCACCGCAGGUGUGAGUUCUGUGAGUCACUGCUAAGAGACAGAGCACAUUUUCAGGCCAGCAACUAUCCUUGCCAGGGUUUUUUCAUUAUAUUUUUAAUUAUUUAUUUUACAAAAUGGGCGAAGACAUUGUCUUUAGGAUAAGGCAGAGAAACAGAUGUUGCAGACUUCCACGGCACCCGGGGGAGUGGUGGGUGUGGACACAUUGGUUCGGCAAUCUGAUUCUCCUGAAUUUCCCAGCCAGGCUCUUGUGGGGAGGCCUGUGGAUGGGGGAUUUGAACUAUUUGGAAACAAAUGAUUCUCUAUCUCAGGUGAGAAACCUGGUCAGAAACAAAGGGCUGGUCAACUGAUUUAGGCCAGCAACCAGGGAAGCUCUUAGAAUCCCAGGCAGACACCCUUUCUCAAAAGAUAUCCCCUGAGUCCUUUCUGCUUUCUUCACAGAUUGAUUUUAUGUAAAAUGCAGAGUUGGACUACACGAUUUCUUCCCACUCCACAAUCUGUCAUCCUAGUAUAGAUCAUGGUGGUUUCCCUCAAGUUUAUGUUCUCAUGCCCUCAAUCUGUAAAUUUUUGUCUCCAGAAAAACCCUCCCAGGCAUCCCAUACCAGCACCGUUCCUCAUCACUGUCCAUGCACCAUGCAGCCAUAUGGGGGGCCGUGCACACCCCAAACCCUGAGCUUCACACUUAAACUCAUGGGGAGGGCCCUUCCGAGCAGAGUCUACAGGCGGGUGGUGCUACAUACACAAGCUUAGUGUACGAGUGUAAGAUACACUUUAAGCCAGACACCUAAUUCUUCAGUUCACUGCCCAUCUGAUACUGAUUCCCACAUUAAGGUUGAACAGCAUGGCUCAGAGUCUAGAGAAAGUGAUCACCAAGCUGUCUCAUCAGCAAAUAGGUAGUCAAGGCAGCCAGGCAGCCUCACCUCCCCAGGUGACGGGGGGGUCCCCACUUUAGGACAAGAGGCAGCUUGCCUUCCACCAGACGCCAGCCUCGGCCUUCCUUCCCGACUCACUGUGGGUACCCUUCUACACUGACCAGCAAGCUAAGCCGCUGGAGGAAAGGGAACUCACCCAACUCUAAAUUGUGCCGCUUAGACUUAGCUGUCAGUGUGACUUCCUUUCCCACCCACCCCCAGAAAAACAGAAAGAGCAUCUGGGGAGCGAGUGAAAAUUCCUUAGGUGAUUCCUAAGAUUUCCUUGGGUAUCUGGUUUUUGUUUUCAUAUUUGAGUGUGUGCAUGUGUGCAUGACUUUAAUGAUUUUUUUAACGGGGUGGGAGGUGGCUGGGGUGCUGGGGUUGAAGGAAGUUUGGGUUGAUUUUUGUGGUGUUUUGUUUAAUAGAGAAUUUUUUUUUCCUGUUCCCCUGUCAGCUGGUCUGACAGAUUUAAGAACUCUCAUUCUUAAAAGACUUUGGACUUAAAUUCUAGCAUUUUAGACUAGGACUGUUCUACUGUGAAGAAAGUUCUGUCUCCUUUAGCCCGGUUUGUUUCUCCCUGCUCAGGUCUAGAAUCCCAAGCAGUGUUCUUUUCUGGUGAACAUUGUGAGCUGCAGAUGUGACUUUUUUUUUAAAGUCAUCUCUUCAGCAAUCCAGAGGUUCCUUGACCUCAUUAUUUGUCCUAUCUCUCCCUUAUAGUCCUAAGCCAAGACAUGUGACCUUUGACAUUUGACCUUUGCGGUGUCAUGUGAGGGUGUCAGUAUAGAGGCCUUUGCAUCUGGGCCUGGCACCCGCUCUCUGCCUCUGGAGGCUAAACCCUGUCUGGAUUUCUCUUGGGAUCUAACGUGGGAUCUUCUGGACAGAUAAUCGUGACAUCAGCAGUGCUGGUGCUGCUGUGUGUGGACUGAACACCUGCACUUUGCAGAGGACACGCUGCAUGGGCCCUGCUUGAGGUUCACUCAGGCCUGCUGCAGGAGCUCUGAGAACAAGAAAGAGCGGACACCCGUUCCCCUGCAUCAUCUGUCUUGCGUGCUAUUUCAGGGUAGGGAAGUGAUAAACUAUUUGCCUUCUGGAGCUCUUUGUGAAAAAUUAAAAAAAAAACUUAGCUCAAAGAUAUGAUUGUCAAUUGCUUCCGCAGGCACUGAUCAAUGGCCAGCGCUGCAGAGACUACCAGGUCUGCCCUUGACCAAGGAUGUCAGGGUCAGGGGGAACCAUCACUGCUGUGUGAUCCCCAUGGCAAAUGAGGGGAGGGUGGUUGCUGCCCUUACUGUGCAGUGAGGGUUGUUUUAAACUGAUGGGUACUGUUAUGUAAGCUGAAAAGGAUUCCAAGGUACAGAAAGAUGGAAGAGAGCCCCCACUGGGAGGGAGUGGAGGUGUCCAUCUUGCAUUUUGUGCUACAGGUCAGCCUAUCCAUUCAUCAAAAGAUACUGAGAUACUGUGAUACCAGUCCAAGGCCAAAGAGCUUUUUCCUGGGGAAAAAUAACAGCAGCAACAAAAAGAAAAUCCUUGUUGAUCUCAGUGACUGCUUGAAUUUUUAGAUCAGGCUUACCCCUAAUCUCAAAAACCAGGCUGUGAACACUGUCUUGCUGCAGGCUUUGUGCUGGGCACUGAGAUGCUCAGAGAAGUAGGUAAGGUCUCUACUGCUGUAUGGGGCCCACAGUCCAAUGGAGGAGCAACAUAAAGCAGGUGGCUGCCAAACAGGAUGGCUUUAUUUCAGAGAUGAACAAAAGGGGCGGAGGAGGACUGUCAGGGCAGCUCUGCUGGGAACGUGACAUUUGGGUUGGGUUUUGGAGGAUGAAUUGGAGUUCAGAAGAGGGAGGAGGGCUGGGCACAGUGGGUGGAGAUGCUGUCCAGGCAUUGCCUGGCAGGACUAUGAAAGGGCCAAAGUGGGAUUCAUGGGAACUCAGUAGGGCAGAAGAGUUAGGCAUGCGUUGGGGUUGAUAACAAACAAGACUGAGACACAAUCAUGCUGGCAAGGCAAGUUGGCUGCCUCCCUCUCAGGGCUGUCUCCCUCUCAGGGCUGUCUCAUCAUAAGCGCAGAGCCCAGCAUUUCUGGGAGAAUUCUAAGUUUGGUUACCAUCUUGACAGAUAAUACAGAGGCUUCCAGUAAAAUGUUGAUGUCCGAAACAAGAAGUAUUCCCACUCAGCUACAAAUUUGGGAAUCUUAUGGUUUUUCCCUUAUGAUUGGAGCAAAUCCCUCCCGCUAGUAACUAUAAAAUAAAGAUGCGUCUUCCCAGGAGGCUUUCUAUAACGUGCUUUUGAGACAUUCUUGCCAACUAAACAGAGGAAAGAAAUGAUCCAGAAGUGAUCUCCCUGACAGAAGUUAAUUCACUAAGGAGUUAAAUAAUGACAAAGUUAAAAUGAGGCUGGCUAUAUGAGAAGAAAAUAGCAUGUAAGGGGUGACACGUUCUGAAAACUAAGAGCAGACAGCUUUGGAAAUGUCACGCCCACAUGAUGUUUUGUGGUGAUGUUUAUUAUUUCAGGGGAACCGGCUGUCCUUCAAUUAAAUGCAGCUGAGGGAGGAGGGCCAGCAGGAGAGGAGGGGCAUAUGAGGGGCUUCCCUGUGAGCCCGCGGCCCUAAGUCAGUGUAGGGCAGCUGAGACAAGAACCAAAGUCUGGACAAUGUCCUUUUGUACCUGCUUGGAGAAGAGAGAAGUAAUGAUGGUAGAUUUUAGUACAUUAUAUUACAAAAGAUUACGUGAAAAAUGGUGCUCCCUCUUAUCCCAGGGGCAGAGUGAGAGGAGUUUAGGUGAGCUUUCAGGAAGAAUUCAUUGACAGAAUUGUCAGACACUGAAUGGGGUUCCAAGGUAAGAGGUGGAAUGGCUCCAUUAAACUUUGUUGUUGCGCAGAAGAGUGGCUUCCUUUCUGCUCUGUGAAUUACUGAAAUGCCCUAGUAUUUUGCUUCCACCCAUGGAUGUGCUAAUAUGUGAGCUGAUCUUUGUUCAGUAGCCCGUGACACCAGCUGUGUUGCUUCCAAUCCAAAGCCAUCCAUCCUCCCAUCUGCCCUCAAAAAGAGUGGAAAGAAUGAAGAAUCGUCUCUGAGGAUUGCCUUCUCUUUAUUUUUAAUUUAUGGAGUUUGUUUUUAUGCCGCUCCCUGUAGUUCUCCAGCCUGGCUUCUCUGGAACAGGUGCUUUAGUAAACUUACCAUGUCUGAGCAAUCCUAGGGCCCACAGAGCACUAGCUCUGCCCCCCAUGGACCUGGCAAGGCUUUGAUGGGGGUUUCCUAUUCCAAGGGUGGCUAGGUGGAUGUCUGGGCUCUUACUAGUGGGGGAAUUUGAUUUUCAAAGUGGAGUGGGCAGCUCUCUCUCUCUGUGUUCUUAGAUGCUUGGAAAUUAAUCAGCGACAGUUUCUUCUCCCAAAAGGAAAUGAGAAGUUUGGAACAGACCCCCAGACAGGAGUUGAGUUGUCCAGGCAUUUUGAUGGUGUGGCCUGAAGGGCUUUAACUGCUUUUAAAAAUUGCUAGCAUAAAUUGUGAAGACUUGAAGGGGAUGAUAUUGUUGCUCAGGCCUAGCUCAGGGGAGGAAACCAUGAGCAGAGUUGAGUGCAAGGGACAGAGUGGUGCAAGCCUGUUGAGAAUCCGAGGGGAGAGGAAAGAGGCAGCUUCUAGAGCACCACACACGGAGCAAAGUCCUGGUGCUCAGAGCACAGUCUGGGAGAGAAGUGCAAGGAGUGGGGAGAAGAGACUAAUGCAAGCCCAUCGCUGGAGACAGUGAUGCCAGUGCACAGGCCAAGAAAGAGGAGAGGGAACCAAUGGGGAAAAUAGUGUGGUAGGAGGGAGGCUUCAAAUGGAAGUGGUGACAGCCUUGUCCUUAGAGUUUUAUCCUUUUAAGUCUGCAACUAUGGGAGAGAUUGAGUUGGUGUUGAGUUGAACCGCUUGCAAAGGAACAAGUGAAAUGUCCAGUGCCCCCAAUGCUUGGGGAAGAGCAAUAACUCACAAUCAAGCAUCUCCAUUGUCCCUGGACAGGGCCUCUGGAACCAGAGUCGAGAACCCCUUCCUGUAGGAAAGACACAGGGACUGUGGACAGACACAGGAGGGAGUACCCAGGAGCAGGGAGCAGAGUUUCUGGUGAGAAAAAUCCACCCAAGAAGGUGGGGACUCAUGGGAGUUGCUGCCAGCUCUGUGUGGUGGCCGAUCUCUCAGGCCCUGAGAGGGACACUCUGGCCCAGGGCUGCUUGACAUCAGCCAGCCUCUCCUGUCACAGCCCGUCCAGCGUGAGUGCACACUGCAAAGCCUGUAGGCUGGCCAGGGAGGCUGCGCUGGGCCCACAUCCCCGUCUCUGUGAGCCUUUUUGGACCCCAGCCGUGGAACAAGCUGCAGGAGCCCUGGACGCCCUCCAACUCCGUGAGUCAGUCUCUCCCCAGAGCAGCAGCAGGCUUAGCUUUUCGCAGGGUGCUGUUCCACACAUGGAAGCCCCACCUCUAAGAGUUUCACAUCUGGACCAUUUGGCUCCUCCCGGGAGGAGGUUGGAGGGCUUCUUUGAAGACAUGACUUCCCUUAGGCCAGAAGCUUCCCAGGAAUAACAGCAACUAACUCUUGUAUCAUGCACCAAAGUGAACGGCACUUUCCCUACGUGUGCUGUGUAGUUUAAUACAGCAUGAACCUCAAGAAGUAGGAACUAUUCAUUAAUCCCUAUCUUUCAGAUAAGGCAAAGAGCUAAGGGAAGCAACUUGCCUAAGGUAGUAAGUGGCCUGGGAGUCAGACCGAGGCAGUCAGAUCUCACCAAACUGCAUCCACUUCCAAGCUGCUGGGGGAUAAUCUGUCUCAUUUCUUGUUUUCUCAGUAAAAUUUAAUGUUUUAAUUUCUCACUCUUGCAUUCUGUCUCACCACACACACACACAGCCUGAUACAUAAAGCUGGCACUUCUAACCCAUGUCUGUCUCCCUAUGAAACCUCAUAUACUGAUUAUUCAGCUGGUCAUACUGCAAACUCUCAGAUAACAUAUUUCUGCAGACUUGGAUGUUAGAUACUGAAUAAAUGAGGAUCAGAAAUCAAUGUCAAAGGGCAAGCUAACAGUCUCAUUUAGAAUGCUUCUCCCAUUUCAAAACUGGUGCCUUGAUUUUUUUUUUUUUUUAUGGCAGGAACAAUUCAGAAACAGCUUAAAUCAUUCAGUCUUCUUCUUCUUUUUUUUUUUUUAAACUUGCUGUAUUGGUUACCCUUUUCAUUCUUGUGUAAGAAAUUGGAACUGUAGCACAUAAUGAUGCUUUGGUAUGAAAUAAUGGUAGGAAUAAAAAUGAUUUCUUCUGAGAAGCCUGUGUUAAAGCACUUGGAUACUGAUAACUGGCUUACAGGGAGGCUGAUCCAGGAGGUCUUAAAACUGGCUCUCCUGAACGCCACUCAAGCUCCAGUCCCAUCCGCUCCUCCUUUGUUAACUCCUGUCAGUUAAUGCCUCUCCUAGGAGUUUCUCCCGCUGCAGGCACCCCCGGGGAACGCCCGAGACUACAGAUCAGAAAUGGAUUCCAAUCCAGCUGGGGUGCUAACUCACAAUCAUCAUCUUUAUGGCCGUUUCCUCAUCUGUGGGAUGGAAAUGAUGCUCAGGAUAGUAGGUGGCAGUGCUCUGACCCUCAGUAGAAUGUUCCUCAGACACUUCAGAGAACCAACCAGGUGCCCAGCUGACCGAGAUAGUUUGUGGGAAUUCACGUGACUGGAAGGCUGGGGAUGGAGCCCACAGAUCCCAGGGAUUCUCUCCAGUUCCGUGAGGCUGUGGAAGUGCCUGUCAGGAGAGCCUCCUCCAUUCAGUGCCUGGCCCAGUGUGAUAUGCUCAGAGUGGGGUUUGAUGAUCCAGAGCUCUGUCCCUAAAACUUGGGCAACUUAACUGUUCUGUGUCUCAGCCCCAUAUCUGUAAUACGAGGCCACUGACUACAUGAUUUGUAAGGUGCCUUCAGACUCUUAAGAAAACAUUACAUACAUUGGAUUCCUUGAAAUUUUAAAUAAGAAACUUGCUUCCACAAAGGUUUCUGGGUAGAGAGGUUGAGAAACCACACCCAAUAAUGGUUGCCGAAUUGUGAGUCUAAAAUAAUGAAAUUUGCCUGGCUCCUAUUUGAUCUGUUGGGUUUUGUGUAAAUACUUUACAUUUCCUAGGUUUCUUUUUUUAACCUGACUUACAACUACAUCUGUAAAGUAGCUCCUAGUGUCAUCAAAGUAGGAACCACAUCAGAAGAAAAUAAAUUGUUGGUGAGUGACUGUACGUUAAAAAUUAAAAAUAAAUUAGAUUGGCUGGGCGUGGUGGCUCAUGCCUGUAAUCCCAGCACUUUGGGAGGCCAAGGCAGGCAGAUCGCUUUGAGCUCAGGAGUUCGAGACUAGCCUGGGAAUCAUGGCAAGACCCUAUCUGUACAAAAAAUACAAAAAAAAAAAAAAAAAGGAAAGAAAGAAAAAAUUAGCAGGGCGUUGGUGGCUUGCGUAUGUAGUCCCAGCUACUCAUGAGGCUGAGGUUGGAGAAUCGCUUGAGCCCAGGAAGCGGAGUCUGCAGUGAGCUGAGGUUGCGCCACUCCAGCCUGGGUGACAGAGUGAGACCCUGUCUCAAAAAAUGAAAUUAAAUUAAAAAAUAAGAUCAAGGCUAGUUCUAGACAAAAUUAAAUUGUUCUUUCUAGUAUUUUCUCCUUUCAGCAUCUCUCUUUCUUCAACUCUUCCUCUGUUCUGUGCAGCCUCCUUUCAAGUCCUCACUGCCAUCUCUUCCAAACACUUUCUGAUGACUGCCAACGGUGAACAAACCCGUGCACCCUAGGAGAAGGCAUUACCCCUUUGUGGCAGAGGCGGUCGUGUUCAUCAACUCCUCCAGGUUUCUCCUGCAUUUCCCACCUCCCCUGUACUCACAUUGGGGCCGGGGACUGGUUGAUGGGCUGUGAACAGAAGUGACAGGUGUCGCUUUGGUCUAAGGCAGUCGGGAACAGUUUGUGAGUUCUCUUUACUCUCUUUAUCAUCACUGUGACUAGAAGGGAAACACCGAGAUGGCGAAGUUGCAAGAUGGAAGCUGCCUGGAUCUGCGAGCUGCUGUUAGGGAAAAGCUACUAAGGAGUUUCCUGACUUGCAUUACACUGUCCCAUGAAAGAAAAAAUAAACCUCGGUCUUAAGCUGUUGAAA